AUGUCCAUGAAGGAUCCAAUCCAUAGUCUUCAAGGUUCAGUGGUGGCCUUGGGGGCGGCCGGCCUCGAUGGUCUCAUGGCGAAAACGCCGCAACGGUGCGCCAGGACGCCACGGAAGCGGGAAGAUGAACGUGGCAUCACCGAGAGACAUUCUCGGCUUCGGUCGAUCAAAGAGCGUCAUUUGGUCAUUCGGCAAGCACCAUAUGCGCUGCUGGCGACUUCGUUAUCGGAUUGGGGUAGAGUUAUUCGUCGAUCGUCGUCUUGCAUGGCUGUCCUCGUCUUCGAAGCCCCGCUUCAGCUUGCCUCGACGAUGGCGACCUUGCUCCCCGGCGGCUCACCCCCGGGAUCCAGUAUCCGUGCCAAAAUAGCCGCCGUGAUUCCCACCACCCGCGUUUACUCCGCAGGAAAAGAUGGCCGAACCAACACAGCCGCGGUCGGAGGUUAUCUGCACGCUUAA